GCUUUCUUGAAAAAAUUGUUGUUCCUUAAAAUUUUCAUAAAAUUUCAUGGAAAAUGGCACCAAAUUUGGAUUCUUCCAACGAUAUUCUCAAAAAACUCGGAAUUGAUGGCGAAAACGCUCAAUGGAUGCUCGCCACUGCUCCGGAAUUCUUUCAAUGGAUCCAAGAAAACGUCUCGGAGGAAAAUAUCUUAUCGCCCGCCGAGAUUAAAGAGUACGAAGACCUCAAAAAAGCUGGAAAACUCCUUUCCGACAAAAAUCUCACGGAAAAAUUGCAAGAAAUCUCAAACGAAAAUCCCGGAAUCGACGAUUGUUGCGAAGAAGAUUUAGAAAUUGCCACAAAAAGGGUUUCAGAAUUGCGAAAAAUUGUGGAAAAACAAAAAUCCGCCGUCGAAGAGCUCAGUUUUACGGAAAAACAGCAAGAAACAAAGUUGGAAAAGGUGAAAUUGCGUCUCAGUGAUGCGGAAAAGGAAACAAAAGCUUCAAUUGAGAGUGCGGGUAAAGUUGCGCUCGAGUUACAAGCAGUUGAGGAGGAAAAUCGUAAAUUAUAUCAAGAUUUACAAAAUUCCGUAAAUACUCCGAAAAUUUUUACGCAUCAAAUGCCCUUUUACGAACAUUACAAUUUCAUCGAGGAAUUCAUCAAAGAGCUCGAAAGUUACUGCGAACAAAAUCAAAUUCUCACCGCAGUUUCGGUUGUCGAGGAAAAUUACGAUUCAAAGCUGGGCGAACUUCAAAUCGCCAAAGAUGGCUUCGUUAAUGCUCGAUAUCAGGAAAUUUUGCUCGAAAUGCAAAUCGCCGCAAUGGAAGCUGUCUCGCAAAAAGUCAAAUCUGGCGCCGUUCAACUGCCCUCCGACAUGAAUCAGUUAAUGUCGAUGAUGAGCGAGUUCAGUGCCGUGAACGAACAAAAGGAAAAUCAAGUUUCAUCCUUGAAACAACGCAUUUUGGAACGCAUCAACGACCUCGUUUUGUCCCAAAUUGAACUUUUAUCCACGAAAAAUAUCAAAUUCAAGCACAGUCGAGCCACGAGUCGCAUCGAAAACAUCAACCAACUAAAGCCUUUUGUCACAAAAACGAUUCAAAUGUCGGAAAUUAUCUGGUUUGCCAUCAAUUUGGAUUGGGAACGCUUGAACAAAGACUUUUCCGGCGACGAUUUCGGGGCAUGUCAUUCGACUCAUAUGCGAAUUCAGAUCAUGAAACGCCUUGUUAAAGGAGAUGUCAUGCCAAAAAAUCUUCAAAUCGCUCAAGAUCAAACGAUGAAACUAAUUUCUGAGGUAAUCGGGUUGAACGGAGUUAAAAUUUCUAACGUUUCAGAAAUUAUUCAAGCUUAUUCCGAGUUCGAACGAGACUUGAGUUCGUCUUUUAAAGCCGUUUCUGAGGGCAUUGCUGCUGAAAAUUUCAAUAAAAUCCUCCCGGAACUCCAAAAAAUUGAAAAAAUUUACGAAAAAUUCGUUUAUGGAGGAACAACUGCCAAGCCUGUACUCGGCGAUCCACGAUUUACACGAAAAAUUCUAAAAAUAAAGACGAAAAAUAAAAAUUAUCAAGCCAAAUAUGCGGAUUUGAAGGCUGAAUGUAAGCAAUUGGAGGAUACUUCGGCACACGACAAGUACUAUCGCUAUUACACAGCGCUUUGGAUAUGGUUCCUAACUGAGCCAAUGAAGGUCUUGCAAGCGAUAAAAGAGGUCAAAGCAGCUACUGAAAAAGCUCCCGUGCAUCUAAGUGGCCUGCGACGUAAAAAUUAGUGACUUUUUUUGUCAGUUUCUAUCACAGUUGCGUCAUUUGCGUUGAUUAUCGUGUACAUAGGAGUCACAUUCGGCAUCAAAGAUGAUGAUUUGGUACUCGAAUCGCUCUGUGGCUGAUUAUUUAUUAGAAUUUUAGGGAUUUGUUGAAUUAUCACGGGAAUGUUUUGUACUAAAAAUAUAGAAAAAAGUUAA